AGUUAAUCUGCUGCUGCUCACAGGUGUGACGUCACAGCGGCGCGGAGCAGCUACAUGGGAGGCUAGCUGAAGCCUCUGGACCAAUCAGCGCGCAGAGGGGACGCCAGGAUGCCAGCCGGAGUGUGCGGCUGCUGUGGGCCGCUGAGGCCGAGGUACAAACGCCUGGUGGACAACAUCUUCCCCGAGGACCCCAAAGACGGCCUCAGUAAGUCCGACAUGGAGAAGCUGACCUUCUACGCCGUGUCUGCUCCGGAGAAGCUGGACCGGAUCGGCGCCUACCUCGCCGAGAGGCUGAGCCGAGACGUGCUGCGCCACCGCUACGGCAACGUGGUGGUCGCCAUGGAGGCCCUGGACCAGCUGCUGAUGGCCUGCCACUCUCAGAGCAUCAAGCCCUUCGUGGAGAGCUUCCUGCACAUGGUGGCCAAGCUGCUGGAGUCCGGGGAACCGGACCUGCAGGUCCUGGGGACCAACUCGUUUGUGAAGUUCGCCAACAUCGAGGAGGCCACGCCUUCUUACCACAGGCGCUACGACUUCUUCGUGUCCCAGUUCAGCGUCAUGUGCCACUCCACCCACCAGGACCCCGAGACCAGAACCAGGAUCCGCGUGGCCGGGAUCAAAGGCCUGCAGGGCGUCGUGAGGAAGACGGUGAACGACGAGCUGCAGGCCAUCAUCUGGGAGCCUCAACACAUGGACAAGCUGAUCCCCUCCAUGUUGUUCAACAUGCAGGAGGAGGACCGGGCGGGGCAUCCCAGCACGCCGUCGCCGGCGGGUCCGGACGGCGAGGAGAACCCGGCGGCGCUGGCGGAGAGCUGCUUCAGGGAGCUGCUGGGCCGGGCGGCCUACGGCAACAUGGACAACGCCGUGAGGCCGGUGCUGGUCCACCUGGACAACCACCAGCUGUGGGACCCCAACGAGUUCGCCGUCUCCUGCUUCCGGAUCAUCAUGUACUCCAUCCAGGUUCAGCACUCCCACCACGUCAUCCAGCAGGUCCUGAACCACCUGGACACCAACAACAAGAACACGCCGCGGGUCCGAGCCGGCAUCGUCCAGGUCCUUCUGGAGACGGUGGCCAUCGCCGCCAAAGGCUCAGUGGGGCCCACGGUGCUGGAGGUCUUCAACACGCUGCUCAAACACCUGAGGAUGAGCGUGGACCUGGAGCUGGGCGAGGACGGCCGCAGGAACUCCAGCAGCAGCGGCAAGGAGAGCGAGGAGAGGAUCGUCCAGAACGCCAUUAUCCAGACCAUCGGCUUCUUUGGGGGGAACCUCCCUGACUACCAGCGGGCCGAGGUCAUGAUGUUCGUGAUGGGCCGGGUGCCCGUCUACGGGACCCCGUGCCACACGUUGGACACCAGCAAGAUCGGGCAUCAUGGCACCAAGAGGAUCCAGACCAUGCUGCUCAGCUCCCUCAUCAUGGUGACCUCUGGCUUCAAGUCCAAGUCCAUGGCGGCCGCGCUGCCGGCUCCCUUCCUGGAGCCGCUCUUCUCCCUCUCGCUGAUGGAGGACAGCGAGCUGAGGCAGCUGGUGUCUGAGAUCCUGCACAACAUCAUCGAUCGCCACGACAACCGCGCCAAGCUGCGCGGCAUCAGGAUUAUCCCAAACGUCUCAGCGUUGAAGAUCAAAAGAGAAAAGAUCUCCAAGCAAGACGUGGCGUUCAUGAAGAAGCACGGCCAGCAGCUCUACCGACACGUGUACCUGGGCUGCAAGGAGGAGGACAACGGCCACAAGAACUUUGAGCUGCUCUUCACCACCAUGGCCAUCCUCACCAUCGAGCUGGCCAACGAGGAGGUGGUCAUCGACCUCAUCCGGCUCGCCAUCGCCCUGCAGGACAUGGUUCUGGCCAACGAGGAGAACAUGCCGAUGCUCACCCGCUGUGGCAUCAUGGCGUUGGUGGCGGCGUACCUCAACUUCCUGAGCCAGAUGAUCGCCAACCCUCCGUUCUGCCAGCUGGUCAGCAAGGUGCUGGAGCUGAGGAGCAUGGACGCGGCGUUCCUCCUCCCGGAGAACAUCUUCAGAGAUAAGUGUCCACUCCCAGACUCCCUGGACCAGGAGGACCGGCUGCUCUACUUCCAGACGGCCGACAUGGCCGAGUGUCUGUGUGGGCCGGGCUACAGCGUGGAGCGCCUCUCCAUCCCCUACAUCCCCCAGGUCACAGAUCUAGACCGUCUGAGCCGGAGGAAGAGCUUCGCCGACACCGUCUCCCUCCAGGUGGACAUCGUGUCCACCGGCCUCCCCGACAAGUCCCAGCUGGCGGAGGAGAUCACGUUCGAGACGCUGAAGAAGGCCAUCGACACCACCGGCCUGGAGGAGCAGGAGAGGGAGAAGAGACGUCAGCUCAUGGAGAAGUUCCAGAAAGCUCCGUUUGAGGAGAUCGCUGCCCACUGCGAGUCCAAGGCCAACAUGCUGCACGACCGUCUGGCUCAGAUCUUUGAGCUGACCAUCAGGCCUCCGCCCAGCCCCUCCGGGGUGGUCUCCAUCUCCUCGGGGCUGUCUCAGCAGCACCAGUCCGUCCCCGUCUACGAGAUGAAGUUCCCGGACCUGUGCGUCUACUGAUCCUGAUCCUCCAGAACAGAACCCUCCAAUCAGCAUCAGAGCCACUUCCUCCAAUCAGCACGAAGGAGCAACAUGUGGCUCCAACGGACCAAUCAAAAGAAAGAAACCUGAACUAAACCUGAACUGAACCUGAACUAAACUUUAUCUGAACCUGAACUAAACCUCAACUAAACCUCAACUGAACCUGAACUAAACCUCAACUGAAUCUGAACUAAAACCUGAACUGAACCUGAACUAAAACCUGAACUGAACCUGAACUAAAACCUGACCUAAACCUACACCUGAACUAAAACCUGAAUUAAACCUGAACUAAACCUAAACCUAAACUAAAACCUGAACUAAACCUACACCUGAACUAAAACCUGAACUAAACCUGAACUAAACCUAAACCAAAACCUGAACUAAACCUAAACCUGAACCAAAACCUGAAUUAAACCUGAACUAAACCUAAACUAAAACCUGAACUAAACCUACACCUGAACUAAACCUGAACUGACCCUAAACCUAAACAAACCCGUGGAAUAUAUACUCUUAAGAAAGUUGUAGAUGAUCCAGACUUCAUUGCAUCGUGUAGAUUCAGAGGAUUGAAGGAAGGAGAAGAAGAAGAAGGAGGAGGAGGAGGAGGAGGAGGUGGAGGUGGUGUUGGGUUUCAGAUGGUUUUGUAUGUUGAAGGUCGUAGGGCAAAGGGUCCAGAGUGGAGAGGGGGGGGGGCUCUAGUGGCCUCUAUUGAGCUCUAGUGACCUCUAGUGGCCUCUAGUCACCUCGAGUGGCCUCUAAUGGCCUCUAGUGACCUCUAGUGGCCUCUAGUGGCCUCUAUUGAGCUCUAGUGACCUCUAGUGACCUCUAAUGGCCUCUAGUGAGCUCUAAUGGCCUCUAGUGAGCUCUAGUGAGCUCUGGUGACCUCUAAUGGCCUCUAGUGAGCUCUAGUGACCUCUAGUGACCUCUAAUGGCCUCAAGUGAGCUCUAAUGGCCUCUAGUGAGCUCUAGUGACCUCUAAUGGCCUCUAGUGAGCUCUAGUGGCCUCUAGUGAGCUCUAGUGGGCUCUAGUGACCUCUAGUGAUCUCUAAUGGCCUCUAGUGAGCUCUAGUGGGCUCUAGUGACCUCUAGUGAUCUCUAAUGGCCUCUAGUGAGCUCGAGUGGCCUCUAGUGGCCUCUAGUGAGCUCUAGUGAGCUCUAAUGGCCUCUAUUGAGCUCUAGUGAGCUCUAGUGACCUCUAGUGAGCUCUAGUGACCUCUAGUGAUCUCUAAUGGCCUCUAGUGAGCUCUAGUGGGCUCUAGUGACCUCUAGUGAUCUCUAAUGGCCUCUAGUGAGCUCGAGUGGCCUCUAGUGAGCUCUAGUGGGCUCUAAUGGCCUCUAGUGGGCUCUAGUGAGCUCGAGUGCCCUCUAGUGAGCUCUAAUGGCCUCUAGUCACCUCUAGUGGCCUCUAGUGAGCUUCCGAUGUAAACUACCACCAUAAUGUCCAAUUAUGUCUGGGAUAAAGUUCUGACUCUUGGUGAGAGGGCAGAAUAAUAAUAAUAAUAACAAUAACAAUAAGCCUCAUCGACUUCACAUGCAACCUGUUCUUUAACAUCACCGCUUAGAAACAUGCGUCUUAUGGACAAACUGUGUUCCUCUGGGGCCUGAGGCCCCCAUGACCCCGAGGCCUCCAAGGGACCCGGAGGAACACGGACCCCCGAGGCGAGGCCCCUCUGGGCGUCGGUCCUUUAUGAAUGUCGUAGCCGUGUAUCAGAGAUAUUUUUGUACAUGCAUCACGAGCGGAUACAUUGUUGCUAGGUAGAGAUUAGGAGAUCCUUGUUGUUGUUGUUUACCAUGUCGUGGCGGAUCGGCCUCGUGUGAUGGUAAACAUGCUGCUUAUGAAUCGAUAUCUGAGGUUUCUUGAGAUGUUUAGGGAAGCCGGAUUCACUCCGAUUAUGAAUAUAAUUCGUCUUGUAGUUCUCGUCUGGUUCCUUUAUUUCUAAGCGUGCUCUCUGGAGAGCCCAAAUCAUCCGAUCCAGAUCCUCAUGAGUCCGAAGAGUUCACAUUGUUCUUCCGGGUGGAUCUGGACCUGCAGCUCCACUUCCUGUCAACCGGCGACUGAUCAAUAAAGUUUCAAUCAGACGCUUUUGAUAAAGUUGAUUUUAAAGUUGAUUUUGCUCCUUCAAGUGUAUUAAAAAAUAAAAUGCUAAUAACCGUCGGCAUGAAAUAUGAUGUUUGCACUUUGAUCACUGGGUACCCGUUACCAUGGCAACGCAUGACUGAGUGAGCUUCAGAGGGAAGCUGAGAGAGGGCCCUCCUGAUUGGUGGAGAGCCUCCGCCGGCUUCACCCAUUGGACGCUUUUCAAGAUGGACUUUAACACCAGGAACAAAAUGCGCUGAGGGCUUUAACCACUAGGGGGCGCUGAGGGGUUUAACCACUAGGGGGCGCUGAGGGCUUUAACCACUAGGGGGCGCUGAGGGCUUUAAAUCCUUUGACUUCAUAUCUUAGUUACACAUUUAACCCUUUGUGUGUUUAUUUUGGAACGAAUCAAUAAAAUGAGAAAAAGUUUCCAGAA